AUGCCACAACUCGAUCCUGCCCCUUGAUUCUCUAUACUUACAGUAUCAUGACUAAUUAUUUUUCUCUUAAUUAUACCAACUAUCUUAUUUUAUCAACCACAAAACACCAUCUCUACUAAACAAGUUACUAAACCCAAACAAUCCACUUGAACCUGACCAUGACACUAG